UGAUUUUCUGUGAAUAAAAGUACCUCUAGUUUGUUCCCAAAUUUGAACACUCUGGACUACGAAUUUAAAUGAACGCUCUAGUGUUCUGUGCAGAACAACACGAACAAAAAUACAAGUAGACAUGAGAAAUUCUUUGAAUAUGGUCAUACACAUAGACAAAGAAAUUCAUUUCUCUAUGGUCAUACAUAAAUAAUAUGCAAGUUUAAUCUAUGGAUACAAUCACAAAUCACAAUCUCCUAUUCUUCUGAUUAUUAGUAUUUUCGGUGUGAUAAUUAUUAAAUGAUUUCAUAAUUGUUACAUUUUAUUAACAGUUUAUCUUAUCAUAGUUUUCAACUUUUUAUUUUAAAAAUUGCGGCAGUCAGUGCCUAAUUAUGUAUCAGUUUUAACCAAGGAUUUUAAGAGGAAUUGAAAACUCCGGUGAUCUGAAAUGAAUCACUAUAUGUUAGCAAUAACAUUCAUUUUAUUUUAUUUGGUGAGAUCUUUCACAGCAUUAUCUGAAGAGGAUGAAGGAGUCAUAUAUGCAAAUAGAUGUGAAGUUUGUAAGAUAUUAUCGAUAGAAUUAGAAUCCAAGCUGGAGGAAACAGGAAAAAUCAAUGAUGUCAUUGAAACAGGAUAUGCCUUAGAUGAUGUGAAACCAAAGAAUAAAAAGGAAUACAAAAAAUCAGAGUUAAGACUCAUAGAGACCUUAGAUGGAAUAUGUGAGCGGAUAUUGAGUUAUAAUAUUCAUAAAGAACGAAAAGAUAGUACAAGAUUUGCAAAAGGAAUGAGUGAAACUUUUCGUACUCUUCAUGGAUUGGUAGAUAAAGGAGUGAAAGUAGAUCUUGGUAUGCCUUAUGAACUUUGGGAUAAACCUUCUGCAGAAGUUACUAAUAUGAAAACCCAGUGUGAGUCAUUAUUGGAACAACAUGAAGGAAAUAUAGAAGAUUGGUAUUUCAAUCAUCAAGGCAAAGUUACAUUAAAAAAAUACUUGUGUGAGGAUAAAGUACUAACUGAUGAAAAUGCAAAAUGUUUAUAUGAACAAUUGAAAGGUGACAAAGGAAUUGAAAAACAAAGAGAAAAGAGUGAAUUGUAAUCGAUGUCAUAUAAUUAUCUAAUAUAAUUUUUCCAAUUAGA